UCCGCGCUCAGACCAUGAAGGCGUGCGCUCGCUCCAUCGAGGACCAUGAUAUGAUAACAUACCUUUAUUUUACGCACGUUUACGCAAACGCAUUAACAGCCACACGUUUUUUCCAAUGGGAUCAAAUCCUAUGAUUUAUGGCGAGGAUUAUUAAAGUGAAGAUAAAAUGAAAAUAAAUGGCAGCCGCUUGAUGAACAGUUCUUCACUGAGCCCUCACGAGAUCACUCUGAAUCGCCCACCCUGGGUCGCCACAACUUUGGGCAGCUUUCUGAUCUUCACUAUCGUAGUUGAUAUAUUGGGGAACCUCUUGGUGAUCUUCUCCGUGUACAGAAACAAGAAACUUCGUAACGCAGGGAACAUAUUUGUGGUGAGCCUGGCAGUAGCUGACCUGGUAGUAGCCGUCUAUCCUUAUCCUCUCGUGCUGGUCUCCAUUGUCCAUAAUGGAUGGAAUUUGGGAUUCGUCCACUGCCAGAUCAGUGGAUUCCUGAUGGGAUUGAGCGUGAUUGGAUCUAUAUUUAACAUCACUGGUAUUGCAAUCAAUCGCUACUGCUAUAUCUGUCACAGCCUCAAGUAUGACAAGCUAUACAGCGACAAGAACUCGCUUUGCUACGUCCUUCUCAUCUGGAUACUGACCGUGGUCGCUCUAGUGCCAAACUUUUACGUUGGCUCCCUGCAGUACGACCCCAGGGUCUACUCGUGUACGUUUGCGCAGUCGGCAAGCUCGGCGUACACCAUCGCCGUCGUCUUCUUCCACUUCAUUCUUCCAAUCAUGAUUGUGACGUACUGCUACCUGCGGAUCUGGAUCUUGGUGAUCCAGGUGAGGAGACGCGUCAAACCCGAGUUCCGGCCCAAACUCACGCCGCACGACAUAAGGAACUUCGUCACCAUGUUUGUGGUGUUCGUUCUUUUUGCCGUCUGCUGGGCCCCUCUCAAUUUCAUCGGCCUGGUGGUUGCUAUAGACCCCGGGCGGGUCGCGCCUCUCAUCCCGGAGUGGUUUUUUGUAUCCAGUUAUUUUAUGGCCUAUUUCAACAGUUGCCUUAAUGCAAUAGUCUACGGACUGCUGAAUCAGAACUUCAGACGAGAGUACAAAAAAAUUAUCAUCUCACUCUGUACUGCGAGGAUGUUCUUCCCAGAGAGUUCAAAUGAUGCUGCGGAUCGGAUCAAAAGCAAGCCAUCUCCUUUAAUGACAAACAACAACCAAGUCAAAGUAGAUUCGGUAUGAAAACACCUAAAAGGACACUGUGAGAAAAAAAAAAACUAAAUAAGCAUUUCAGCUGCUUUCAGAACCAACUAUUUAUAACAGAUAUUUAUAACCUGAAUACAGGUGUAUGUAUUUCUUGUACCUGUUGCUUUUACAAGAAGGUGCAUUGCAAAUAUCUUGCUUGGUCUCAGUGUUUACAAGUUCAUAAUGACUUUUUUUGAUUUUAUAUACAGUAGGUCCAUACAUUUUUUCAGGACAUCAGUUAAUGCUAUAAACCAAUGCACACACUGUCGUACAUGAAGAACAAGUUGCCAGUUGAGCAGAACAGUAGCCCUUAAUCCUGGUAAGUGCUCAAUAAUAUCAUUUAUGAUGGUUAUCAUAUUGUUUUUAGGUUUAGUUAUUUUCUUAUGUUUUUAGAGGCUGUCUGCAGUGCAUGCCAAAUUAUGCAUUUGCAAAGUAAUAUUGUACUCAAGUAUAUUAUUUCUAGAUAACCUGGUAAGACAGCCAGCGCAGGCCAACAACGGUAUUUGUCCCUGGACCACAA